UUCAUUUCACGCUCUGAGCAAGGUCGAGUGGAAAUGCGAGUUGACAACUGGUAAACUGAUGUGGUACCUGUGGAGUAUCUCAGUGCCUGCCAUGUAGUAAAAAUGACAGCCCUUUAUCGUCUUUGUGUUUUAUUUAAUCGCUGCAGCAGUUUUAACCGGUUGUCUCCGUUUUUUAGAGUAAGUUAAGGUUGUUGAGUUUUAUUGAUUUAGCUGCUCGCGGGGCUGUAAUAAAACUUAGCUAGCUCGGCAGAGUUUAACGUAAACAUGAGCUCGGCUCCUAAUCAUGGAGCCGUUACAGAAACCGGACUGUCCAGAAAACCCUUCUCUGUGGCCGGAAGCGUCUUGCAGGUGUUCAGCCAUGUGAAAAUAGAAAACCUGGUGGCAGGACUCAGCGGGGGAGUCGUGUCCACGCUCGUGCUUCACCCGCUGGAUCUGGUUAAGAUCAGAUUUGCAGCAAGCGACGGCCUGGAGUUGAGACCCAAGUACAGUGGGAUGUUUCACUGUAUGAAGAGUGUGUGGCACCAGGAGGGGCUGAGGGGUCUUUACCAAGGAGUGACACCCAAUGUUUGGGGUGCUGGAGCAUCUUGGGGUCUCUACUUCUUCUUUUACAACGCAAUCAAAGGUUACACAAAGGAAGGGCGUCAGAAUGAACUGAGUGCAGGAGAACACCUGGUGUCUGCAGCCGAAGCAGGUAUCCUGACACUUAUUCUAACCAAUCCGAUCUGGGUCACUAAGACCCAGCUGGUUCUGCAGUACAGCCCUGACCAAACCAGUAAGCAGUACAAGGGGAUGGUGGAUGCUCUGGUUAAGAUCUACCGCAGAGAGGGGGUUCCAGGACUUUACAGGGGUUUUGUUCCUGGUCUGUUUGGUACAUCACAUGGAGCUCUGCAAUUCAUGGCCUACGAAGAGCUUAAAAGAACCUACAGCAAAUACAAGAAUGUGCCCUUGGACACUAAGUUGAACGCUCUGGAAUACAUCACAAUGGCAGYGUUAUCCAAACUGUUUGCUGUGGCCACAACAUACCCAUACCAGGUGGUUCGAGUUCGCUUGCAAGAUCAGCACAACAAAUACAACGGAGUUAUGGAUGUCCUCAGGCGGACGUGGAGGAACGAAGGAGCCGUCGGUUUCUACAAAGGCAUCAUUCCCAACUUGAUCCGUGUCACCCCCGCCUGCUGCAUCACCUUUGUGGUUUAUGAGAACGUGUCCCGCUUCCUCCUGGGGACAAAAUAAAACCUGCCACGGACUGCCAGCUCACGCUGACAACCUUGGAGCCGCGUGGAGACGAAGAGGACACAGUUCCUCACAGACUCUGUUUGUGGAGAAGUGCUGACGUGAGAGAAAAGUUUCCAAAGGAAGCAAAAAAAGCUACUGACAGUUGGAUUAUUUUUUUUUAAUUUUAUUUAAAUUCUGAAUUAUUUGUGAAACAUAUUUGUGUUCGGACGCACAGAUACAGGAUGGAAGGGGCGGGGCGUAGGCUGCAGUAGUUAAUGUUUACAAUGUUUCUUGGCAGAAACAGCAAAACAAACCAUUUAAAAAUAGUUUUUCAACAUUAUGAUGUUCUCAGGUCUCUUGUUGUGAGUUCAAUAUUAGUUUGUCUUUUAAAUUUCUUUGUGAAAUGCAACAAUUGUUUUUUGUUUAAAAUGCAUUCAUUUUAAAAAAAAAUCUAUGCUUUGCUCCAGACUCUAACUCCUUUUUAAAAUAUUUUAAAUAAAAUGCAAAGAUGUAUCAUUUGAUUGAUAAAUGUAAGCAUAUUAAAUGCUUAGACUUGUUUAA